CGCACAGGGGCAUGAGUGGAGAGCUCACUUUGUGACACAGUUCAACACAUUUCAUCCUCUUGGAAGUGCAGGGUGAUCCCUCGACUCUAUAUGGGCGUACCUCCGUGUUUUUUUUUUCAUCACAGAGGAGCAAGGUGAGGGACGGGGUCAUAACUCCAUAAAUACUUGCUGUGGCACAGACUGUGGAUGGAGCCUGGAGUAGUAGGAGCUGGAGGAACCGUGCGCACUGGACUUUUCUGCAGGCUGAUCCCUCACUUUAGAAGGGUUGACUGGUAAAAGAAAAAACACCCUCUGAAACUUUAUGCCUCUGGCUAACAUGGAGACUCUAUGAUUGCGAACAAGUUGCUUUAUUUUCCUCUCAGAGUUGCGAUGUAGUUCAACCUCACGCCCAAAGUGAGUCCAAAGAUGACAGCGCUUACGCCACUGAACCGCGCCGUGCUCGGACUCGCGUGGAGCUGCCUGAGCUUUCUCUCCAUUGCGCACUGCGGCUUGACUGACAACCAUGUGCACUCCAGCUUUAUUUACAGGCGGUUGCGCAAUCACGAGCGCAGGGAGAUCCAGCGAGAGAUCCUCUCCAUCCUGGGCCUGCCCCACCGUCCGAGGCCCUUCUCUCCCGGGAAGCAGGCGUCCUCCGCGCCGCUCUUCAUGAUCGACCUGUACAACGCCAUGGCCGUGGAGGAGGAGGAGAGCGCGCACCAGCAGCUGCAGCAGCAGGGCGCAGGGAAGAGCGUCAGUGCCAAGGCUCAAGGGCACUCUAGGAGGGGAUACUACAGUCCGCAGCAUGCAGGGUACUCCCGCGUGGCACAGCCCUACCGAGCGGCCCCUCUGUUGGGCCACAGCCCCGCGCUCACCACGGCGCACGACACCAACUUUCUCAAUGACGCAGACAUGGUCAUGAGUUUUGUCAAUUUAGUGGAGAAAGAUAAAGAUUUUUCUCAUCAGCGAAGGCACUACAAGGAGUUCCGUUUCGAUCUGACUCAGAUCCCAGACGGAGAGGCCGUGACGGCCGCAGAGUUUCGGGUCUACAAGGACCGCAGUCACGCCCGCUACGACAAUAUCACUCUGAAGGUUACCAUAUAUCAAGUCAUCAAGGAGUAUCAGAACAAAGAUGCAGAGACGUUUCUGCUCGACUCCAGAAAGGUCCAGGGGUCUGACGGCGGCUGGCUGGUGUUCGACAUCACGGCCACCAGCAACCACUGGGUGAUGAACCCUCAGCAGAACCUCGGCCUGCAGCUCUGUGUGGAGACUGUCGAUGGACGGAGUAUCAACAUAAAAUCUGCUGGAAUCAUUGGGAGAAAUGGGCCGCAGUCCAAGCAGCCAUUCCUGGUUGCUUUCUUUAAGGCCAGUGGGGUGCUGCUUCGCUCUGUCAGAGCUGCAGGCGGGAAAAAGAAGAGCCACAAUCGCAAUAAAUCUACCAAUCAACAAGAAUCAUCUCGGGCACCGAAAGCUGGCGAUUAUAACACCAGCGAGCAGAAGCAAGCCUGUAAGAAGCAUGAACUUUACGUCAGCUUUCGAGAUCUGGGCUGGCAGGAUUGGAUCAUUGCGCCUGAGGGCUACGCUGCUUUUUACUGUGACGGCGAAUGCUCGUUUCCACUCAACGCACACAUGAACGCAACAAAUCACGCAAUCGUGCAAACCCUGGUCCAUUUAAUGUUUCCUGAGAACGUGCCAAAACCGUGUUGUGCCCCGACCAAGCUCAACGCAAUAUCAGUUCUUUACUUUGACGACAGCUCCAACGUCAUCCUCAAGAAAUAUAGAAAUAUGGUCGUUAGGUCUUGUGGUUGCCAUUAGGGGACCAGUGGACUCACUUUAAUUUAUGUAAUCUGGUAUGGGAAUCGCUGGAAAAAACACCCCUGCUGCAGGUGUCAUGUGAUGUACAGUUUAAUGUAUAUAACGUUUUACUACCUAAUUUAUUUUCUUUUUUUUAAAUAGCACUGAAUAUUGUCAUAUUUAAAUGAUUAGGACAAAAUGAUUUUACUUCUACGCCAGUUAUCUCAUAACUCUUGUGUCCGUUGGCAUAUACUCUCUCUUAGUUACGUCUGUAUGAUGCGUGUAUGAGUAAAUUAUUCACUGGAGUCAUUUUAAUACAUUAGGUCAAUUACUCUUCUGCUUGUUUUCCCAUUUAACUGAAUAAAAUGUGCUGUAGAUGCACAUUGAGAUAUCCAGGAUCACACUUAGAGGUCAGUAUAUGAUGGUUUUUUUCUUCGGUGCUAAUGUUUUUGUUUGUUUCGUUAAUGGACCAACAAUUACAAAUGGCGGUUGCAAGCAGAAUAGGUCAUAAAAUGCCGCAUUAGGCCCUGAGUUGUACCCUGCCACUCGCCCACCGCCAGCUUGGGCUCCAGCUCCCCUGCGACCCUCAUAGAAUAAGCAGUAUAGAUGAUGGAUGGAUGGAUGGAAAUGCUGCUAGAAACUCAUUUGAUAAACAAGUUAGACCUCAGGAUUUCUCCUAUAGCUUUAACGUCACAACUUGAAUGGGCUGUUGGAAAUAUUUGAAAUCAAAUUGGAUCAGUGGAAAAAGGAAAACAGUGAGUUUUCACUAACAUAAACCAAACUGCCCAAAGCUAUUCUCAAGCUGUCACCGUCUUUCAGCACUGAUACUGUUUCACCAUUUCCACGUCAGCUUUUUUCUCUCGUUUUGUUCUCAGAAGGGGAUUUUGUCGGCCUGGAAUGAAAAUGCUCUGUGAAUGCUUUACAAUUUAUUGUCAUCUUUUACACAACCGUAAUGUAAAUCUCUUCCUUAAACACUGUUUCUUGUUUCCUCUGCUGGAUCGACGCUGCAGAACGCUCUGCGCUAAUUCUAGUUUUUGUUUGAGGAAGCUAUAUCUCAAUGUAGAGUGAUGUGUAUUUUAAUAAAUAUACCACUUGAAAACA